GCCCGUUAGUUACUUGCUUGAUUUUUUCAUUUUGAAAAGAAGCGUCUUUCUCAGUUAGUCCAAAAAAAAAAAAUUCUUUCUCAGAAAAAAAAAACUACCGAUUCAAAUUACAAAACUGGAGGGAACAAAAACGAUUCCCAUUUCUCAGAAAUCUCUCUAAUUCCAUCUUCUUCACUCGCAAUUCCAAACCCUACCUUCAUCUUCUUCCAUGGCGGAAGCCCUAAGCCCUAACAAACAAAGACUCCCCGUUGCAGCGCGAAUCCAAUCUCCAACCAGUCCUUUCAUAUUAGGUUCCAAUGAUGACCAGCUCGAACGCGCUCAAGCACGUGCAGCACGCGCUGCUGCUAUCCGCCGCAAGAAUCUUACAGUUUCUCAAUCUCUCGAUGCAAAUUCCGAUCCGUGUCUUAAUAAACAGCAGAUCUUCGAUUUGUUCCAGAAUUGCAUCAAGCUCGCCAGCGAAAAUAAAAUUAAUCAGAAAAAUACGUGGGAGUUAAACUUGAUUGAUCAUCUUACUGAUAUUAUUAAAGCUGAAGAAGAAAAUGACACGGAGACUAAUUUUCAGAAGGCAAGCUGCACUCUAGAGGCUGGAGUCAAAAUUUAUUCAUUAAGGGUGGAUUCAGUGCAUUCCGAGGCAUAUAAAGUCCUUGGUGGGAUGAAUAGAGCAGGCCAAGAUGCUGAACAAGACACUACCCUGGAGGGUGUUAAUGUUGAAAGUGGAAAAGAAGGAAGCAGAAAAGAGACAGAUAAAAAGUUGUCACCUUUGUCAACACUGGAACCAUCUUUUGAGGUUCUCAAUGUAAAGAAGUUUGAUGCUGCAUUUGUUGUGGAUCCCCUCUAUCGGCAGACAACUGCAAAAUUUGACGAAGGAGGAGCCAAAGGUCUUUUAAUGAAUAAUCUUGGUGUAUAUGGUGGAUGUAGGGUGCUCUUUGAUUCACUAGAAGUACCUGCUAAGUGUAUGGCAUGCCAAAAUGAACCUGAUAUUUCAGAUACCAUUGAUCUUUCUUUUGUCAGAGAUUGUGUUGAGCAGAUUGUAUUGGACAUGCGUGUGAAGGAUGAAAUUUCUCCAACUCUCAGGACUAUAGUAAACCAAUUUGAUGGAAAUAAUAAAAGGCCUACUGAUUUUCAUCUUCAUGGUCAGAAUUCAGUGGAAGAGCCUGAUGUUGAUUAUAAUUGUGAAAAUAACGCUGACAGGGAGGAUUAUGAGAACUGUGCGAAUUGGAGUGAUGAUCAUGAUGACCAACCAGUUGUUGCUGAUUUAGGCUCUAAUGAUGUAGAUCCAAGUUUCCCUAGUUAUCCUCAGGAUAAUGAUCUAUUUCCUUCCACAGAACCUGAUAUGGAUGACAGAUUUGAAAAUGUUGAUGGGUUCUUAUUCUUGAGUCUGGGUUUUAAUUCAAAACAAAAUGCAUGGGCAGGCCCUGAUCAUUGGAAGUAUAAAAAAUCGAAAGUCUCCGAGGUUCAAACUACUUCUGAAGAUGGGCCAACCCUGAAAACUAAGCAGACAAAGAGUAAGAGACAAGCCGAAGUUGAUUUAGAUUUUGCAAAUUCUCUGGAGAAAAACUUGUUAGAUAUAUUUGCUCCUCCAAAGAAUCCCAAAACAUUACUUCUCCCUGAAAGCAGACAGCCUUGCAAUACAAAACUUCCAGAGGACUGCCACUAUCAGCCAGAGGAACUUGUCAAGCUGUUUCUUCUUCCGGAUGUGAAGUGUCUUGGGAGGAGGGCAAAAAGAUUCUCAGAUUCAGAAGGAUCUAGAGAUCAAUUCAAUGAGAAUGAUAUGUUUCCUUCUUGGGAUAAUGGAAGUGCUUGUGGUGGUGAUGAGGCUGGUGACUAUGAAGGUGAUCAUCACAGUGACCUGGAAGACCCUGGCACUCUCAUUACUCAGCCUCGUCAGGUCAGUAAAAUUGAAGUCCAGUAUGACAAAACGUCCAAACAAGUUGAUGUUCAAGCACUAAAAGUUACUCUUUGGGACCAUGUUCAAGCAUAUGAUAAGCUUCCUCCUGUUCAGGGCCAAGAAGAAAUAGUAUCUUUCCGGAAUUUAUUGGCUAACUUUCCUGGCGAUUGCAAUGCCGCUGCAAGCAUCAGUGACAUCUCUCCUCAUCUGUGCUUCAUAUGUCUUCUGCAUUUGGCAAAUGAGAAAGGAUUGAGCAUUCAAAGCUUUCCCAACUUGGAUGAUCUUUCAAUACGCCUUCCAUAUGUUGGCGACAGUGGAACCGUUUAGAUACCAGACUCAUUGACUCGUUUAUUCUGCAGUUCAGUAAUUAGAAAAUAGUUCCAUGGAGAAUGUAUUGUAACAAGUUGCUUUUUAAUCCAUCAUGUAAUGGUCUGAUAUAUCGAGAUGUACAUUAGUUCUUGUUCAUGACAGAGUCAACUAAUGUUGUGCUCCCAUUUGUAUCCUAUAGAGAUUAAUUCUCGUGUCUAACAAUACUCAAAAUUUGAUGAAUGGAUGAAUGACUGAUUGUUAGAGCACUACCCUACCCUACAUUUUCUAUGAAGGAUUAACCGAAUAGUAUCUAAAUCACAUUUUUUCACAAGUAAUAAUAAAAUAAUUUAUUACU